GGCUAACCGAAACUUGUCUUUCAGGGCCCACUUUCAAUCUCCCUUUCAUCGCAAUUUCAUCAACCCGUUCAACAUCUUUCAAGAACAUCAUUCAGCAUUGUUCAACUCGCCUCCAAAAUACAUAGUACAUAUCAACAAACUGAUUUUAUAAGCUAAUAUUAUUGAUCCGACGCAUAUCAUAACCGUUCUUCCGUCGUUCAAGAGGAGAGCGUUCAUUACACCAUAUAUGAUAGCUCUACACGUCUAGUUGCAUAGCAUAAGUGGAUAAGCCCCUCAUCUGUAAAGACCCUGGCAGGGAGCUUAAUGCGCAAACAGACAAUGUCGGCGACAUGAAGCUGGACUUUUUGAAGCUGGAUACUUGGAAACUGGGUACUUUUGCUUAUGGUUCGACUUUCAUUAUCCUCUACAUUAUCAUAGCAGGUCUGCUCUUCGUUACCCCCCUCGAUGCCGUGCUCCAAGCCAAAAAGAACCACCAAGUAUACAAUAUCUUUGUCAUCGUGUCAUGCUAUGGAGUUACUCUAUUUUUUGGGGCUACCCUCUUCCUAACCAGACUUUGGACAAAUAGCCAAAUUAUAAAAGCGAUUCCGAAAACAUGGAUACCUGUCGAAAAGGGCGACGUCAACAGGACCGUUCGGAAGAUGAUUGUGGCGAGUCUGGCACGAAGUGCGGUAAUAGCAUGGGAUUCACGACCGCGAAUUGAACAUCAUGCGACUAUAAUGUCAAGGCAAGACAUAUCAGACGAAUCGAAAAUGGCUGCGGAGAAUAGCCGCUCUGGAAGAGAAGAGGACGAGAAAACGUCGCAUGAUGCUACAAUCGUUAUACCACCAAAAGAGCCCGUUUGGGGUCAAAUUUCCCACAAUGGAUGGUCUUCUCCAACGUCUCCGGAUUUACCAAGUCUACAGUACAUCACUGUAAUUCUCGAACUACCUCACUUGAUCGAAGCGAAAGCCGUAUCUUUAGCACCCCCUGACCCACAGUCAACGUCUCAACCUCCUAUGCCCGAUCCCCGAGCAGUCGAUAUUCUUCAACGACCGGCGGCUAUGGGUCUGCGCGACUAUAUCAGCCAUCUCUCUGGACUUGAAGUCAUCAGUGAUCCUUCCAUCGCUGCAUCUUUCCUUUCAGCCUACGAAUACGCUCGAUUUUCUUCCAACGUCAUCAGCGAAGUCGAAUUUCGCGACCUAAUGAAACAAUUUGCGGAGCUCCUUCGCAGCAUGGAACCACUCAGUCCCGCGAUAAUGAUGAGCCUCGCUAUUGACGACCAAGAGAGCGAUAUUGAUGGUGACGCGCCAUCUCGUUAUAGUCUUAUUACUUCACAAAGCCAUUCCGUCGUAUCUUCCUUGAGGAGUGUCAGUAUCCAUAGUGGCAGGGAAGGAACCAUUCAAACCGCACCUUCUAGGAGACCCGGCACGGAUCAUACAAACCUGAAUCGGUCUCGUGUCGGCACAGCUCCCGUUACCCCACGAGGCCAGAGGCCGGAAUUGUCCGGGCUAAGAAGCCAAAGCAGGGGCUUGUAUAAUAGCAGCAGCUCAGACCUUAGUAUGAGAUCCGCAAGCCAAACGAGCGUGAUUAAAUUGAGCAGAGUUCAGACAGGAGAUUCAUUACCUUAUGAGAUUCAUAUACCCAGGGGGCGUUAAUAUCUCAGCCUCCUUUUUCUUAUCUUUUAUUUUGCAUCAUUUAUUAGCGUUGGAGUUGGGGCUAGAACAAAAUGGCCUACAAUAGGCAUGGGAAACGUCUAUAUAUCUUCCUAUAAUCUUCAAUGAUAAUGUACAUUGGCUUAUCCACCAUUUACGAGCUCUCCCAUUUGUCGGUUAAACACCCUAUUCCACAACUUGAUCCUCACCGUAGAAAGCCUCUCAUUUUUCCAUCACAUAAGCCAGCACUUAGGACAUGGCACGGAUGUCGUGGUCACUCCCAUUAUCCUAGUUCAACUUGCCACCAAGAAGCUCUUGGAUGAAAAGCGAUGGAUGCGAAAUGUCGCUUACCGAAAACGCAAAUGUUUGUCCG